ACUGGACCGAUGUAGUAGUCGGUUCCGAUUAGCCAUGUUCUAAUCUAGGGUACGCCUUUCCCCCCUCGCUCUCUCUCUUCCUCCCAAUCCCCAACCAUUUCACCCUUCUUGUUUGGUUUCUCAGUGCUCACCGCCUUACCCACCCAGCCUCUACCAUCAUCUUCUAUCUGCUUCUCGCUGCUCACCCAGCACCACCAGCGUCUGCUGUCUUCGCCGCCGCGAACUCCAUCGCGGCUUCCAUCUUCACUCGGUCCAUGAACACCCCUAACUUACACCACGAGGACCACGACUCGCCUUUUGCCUUCUUCGAUUCUGCCUGCUGCUCUUCUGCCCUGUGCUAUCCGGUUCUGCCCUAAUUUCCACCUUCUUCUAGGAUACAUGGAGGAUUCAGAGCAAAGAAAGAAAAGGUUGAAAGAAAUGCGCAUGCAGGCUGAUCAAGCUGAAGUUUCUGGUGGUGUUGAAGGUUCUGGGAUCCCAGGUCAUCUCUCAAACCCCUUGAUUGAAACUUCUUCGACUAGUCGCUCACAGGAUAGAUCAUCCGCUGCACCAAGAUUUGACUUUUAUACAGAUCCAAUGAAUGCAUUCUCUUCUAACAGAAUGAACAACCCCCGUAUGCAGUCUGCACCAGAUUAUUUUCCUCUGGCCAAUUUUGCCAGGUCUCCUGCAGUACAAGAUCCAGGAUCAACGAAUCUGUAUAUGGCUGCCUCUGCCACUCAAGCAUCACCAACACCCUAUCGAAACCCAGGUUGGAGUGAACCAAGAGGCCAUACUCAUUAUAACUUACCAUUCCGUUCAGCAAAUGGUAGUACUUAUCCUAAUCCUAGAUUCGAACCACCAGGUGGUCCAUCAUAUUUUGCUGGACAAGGCAUAAUUCCCCAUCCGAGCCAUAGUCUGAACCCUUCUCCAGGAUACAGGAAUAGUCCAACUCCCAAUCGAGGGAGAGGCAGGGGCAUUUGGCAUAACACCCAAAGCCAUGCUUCAGGACGUUGCAGGGAACAAGGACUAACUUCGCAUGGUCACUGGUCCAACAAGGACAGAGCUUCCGGCCCAGAAGAUUUUUAUAAGAGGUCCAUGGUUGAAGAUCCAUGGAAGCUUUUAAGCCCUGUAAUAUGGAGGACAACGACGAUCUCUUCAUAUACACCAGGAAGUUCAAAACCUCGGAUUUCGAACUCAGUAAGUGAUAAAAGGGAAGGACCAUCUGGCGCUGCUAUCAAAACCGGGUCUGAGCCAAGUCUUGCUGAGUACUUGGCUGCUGCUUUCAAUGAAGCUGCAGGAAAUGCAGAAAAUGUGUGAUGGCAGCUGGGAGGUUCACGAAGGUCCCGUUGUCAUAUUACUACAAUGGCAAAUGGUGUAUAGGUU